AUGAAGAAAAGUAUGCCUUUCACUGGUUCCAUUUUUCUAUUACUUUCUUUCCAUUUUUUUUCGCCUGAACAUGCAGGUUGUAUAAAAAAACACAAUACCUUAGAACAAGAUGUUUUAAGUGUGCUAACGAAAAGGUUGGAAUCUCUUUACAAGAUCAAGUCCAUUAACAAUAGUGAAAUUCUUGACAAAGAAAUAGAAACACUGAAGGAAAAAAUUGAAGAAUUGAGGAAAAAUAAAAUGGAAUAUGAAUCGAAGAAUUUUAAUUCCAAUUUAGUAGUAAACGUGUCCAAAGAUAAGGGUGGAAUGGGAGUAAAUAAUUCUGCUCAUGUGACAGACGAUUUGGUUAGCCAUGAGACAGAUUUCAUUGGCCAGGGAAAGAACAAAAUUAGAGGAGAUACUGAAGGGGGUGAAACAGUGGGUGAUGCUACAGAUGAUGUAGCGGUGAGUGGAGACGCAUCUUCUCCAGUUUUGCCAACUACAAACAAUUUGGAAUCAGAGGUAGGAACAGCAACUAGAAGUGGUGAAGAAUCUCCUCCCAAAGUUCCAGAUCUUGAUAAACCUGUUGUAGAGGCAGGAUAUUUAGAUACAAAAUCAGAUACUCUCUUACAAAAUCAUAGGGCAUCCCAUGGAAAUGUAUCUUCCCCUUCUGUACCUGCAGCGGGACAAUCCAAUAUAUCAGAGGGAAGACAGGACGAGUUGCAAAGGGUAGAAGCGGGAGUGUCAAACGGAUCAGAAGGUGGAGAACGACAAGUUCCAGUAUCGGGAUUACCUCCAAACCCGGGGACACAUGAAGAAGUCUCAGAAUCAGUUGCAACCACCGUAGACGUACCUACGUUAGAUGCACGAGAACAAUCAAAUGAUUCUGUCGAAAGAGGUUCAAAUGUGAAAGAUGUUAAAGUGAAAUAUUUGGAUGAGUUGUAUGAUGAAUUUCUUGGAGAAUCAAGGAAAACGGGAGAAAUACAUGUUCCGACAUAUCACAGCAAAUACAAUGAAUUCAGAGAAAAAUAUGAGUUCACCAUGAACCCUGUGGAAUAUGAAAUUAUGAAAAAUCUUUUUAAUAAUACUUUUAAGAAAGAAGGCCAUUCUGAUUCAAUCUCUCUUGUGGACUCUUUGAAGAAGGCACUAACAGAAGAGAAAUUUCAAACCGAAUUCGAUAACUUUAUUCAUGGUCUUUAUGGCUUUGUUAAACGCCACAAUUAUUUAAGUGACGAAAGGAUGAAAAAUGUGGAGAGUUACAAGAGCUUUCUGAAAAAUGCACUCAGUUUACUCAACACGGUGGACGUGAAAUGA